CUCCACUUUGUGGACAACACAGACAUCCUCCUCUCUCCCACUAUCUCUCUCUCAUUGUAUAACUCUGCAAUCGGCCUUUGCUCAUUCUCUCUUUCGUUUAUGUAAGUAACUUGGUUAUUAUUUUCUUCUCAAUUUGUUCUCCCAUGUACGUUGCUGCAAUGCAAAGCUCUGCUCUUUUGCCUUUGCAUUUGCAGCAACACUUUCGCAGCUAAUUGUUUUUUAAUAUUUUGGGCCGAGUAGUUAGUGUGCAAGUUGUGUCUUUGUUCUUAUUCCCCUGUCCUAAUCUUUUCAUUUUGUUUUCAUGCUUCUGUUUCUCUUUCUCUUUCACCAUUGUUUUCAUUAGAUAUGCUUAAAAAAUUAAUAUGAAAUUUCCCUCUUAAUUACCUGAGAACUACUUGAAGAUGUUGACAUCUCCGUGCAUUGCCAUGCAAAAACUAUUAUCUUUUCUAAGUUUUCGCUUCAAAAACCCGUUUUUCAUGAAAAAAAAUAAAUAAAACAAACAUUGAAUUUCACUCAAUCUUCUUAAGAAUGCGGAGGUGAUAUAAUACCCACUUGAAAAAGAUUAUCUUGGCAUAUAUAGAAACAAGGCCUCGUUCACAGAAAGCAAAAAUGGUGGAAUCUAUCGUCAAGGCAAAUAUAAACCAGCCUGUAAGAAUGGACAUGGACCCACCUUUCCAUAAGAUCUACAAGACCCUUCUAGACAACACCAUUGAAGAAUCAAAAAUCAUGACGAGUGUCAUUGAGGAAUGUGAGCUUCCAUUGAUAGAUCUUGGUUGUUUAGACAUGGAUGAAUCUGAUGAGAAACACAAGUGCGAAGAAGAAAUAGCUAGGGCUUCACAGGAGUGGGGAUUCUUUCAGGUUGUGAAUCAUGGGAUUUCACGUCAGAUUUUGGAAGAGCUCAGAAGUGAACAAGUGAAGCUUUUCAAGCAACCUUUUGAUAAAAAGAGCAAAGAAGACAAGUUCUUGAAUUUCUCUUCUGGAACUUACCGUUGGGGAACUCCUACAGCUACUUGCCUUAGUCAAUUUUCAUGGUCUGAAGCUUUUCAUAUUCCUAUGACUGAUAUUUCUGCUUCCAAUGGUUUCACUAAUCUCAGUUCAACAAUGGAACAGUUUGCUACCAGAGUUGCAAGUCUUGCACAAAAAUUAGCUGCAAUUUUAUCAGAAAAACUGGGAAGAAAAUCAACUUUCUUCCAAGAAAAUUGUGUGCCAAGAACUUGCUAUCUUCGUUUAAAUCGAUACCCACCAUGUCCAAUCCCUGGAGAAGUUUUUGGACUCAUGCCACACACUGACAGCGAUUUCCUUACAAUUCUUUAUCAAGAUCAAGUUGGAGGAUUGCAGUUGGUGAAAGAUGGGAAAUGGUUUGCUGUUAAACCUAAUCCUGAAGCUUUAAUAAUAAACAUAGGUGACUUGUUUCAGGCUUGGAGCAACGAUGUAUAUAAGAGCGUUGAGCAUUGUGUGGUGACGAAUCCUGGAGUGGAAAGGUAUUCGACGGCAUAUUUCUUCUGCCCAUCUUAUGAUAUAGAGAUAGAAAGCGGAUGUGAAUGUUCACUUUAUAAGAAGUUUAGCUUUAAAGAAUACAGGGAGCAAGUGCAUAAGGAUGUUCAACUGUUAGGGCGCAAAGUUGGCCUCUCAAGAUUUCUUGUAUAAUUUUCACUAUUACAUGAAUUUUGCUAUGUAUAUAUAUAUAUAAUAUCAACAAGGUUUUCUUUCCUACAGUAUCUUAAGAGUAAUAAGUGGUGGAUCCCUAUAAAGUAUAAGAUUAGGACAUGUUAUGUAUUUUAACAUAAAUGGUGGAUCCACAUAAAAUAUAAGAUUAAGACAUGUGAUGUAUUUUAAGAUAAGUGAUGGAUCCAUAUAAAGUAUAAAAUUAGAA